AGCUGAUGCGUCACAUAGCGGGGCCGAGCAAAGACGUACAGGUCCUACCAUCAGGAGCACGGCCACUCCUCUUUCCUGAGCUCCACCGGGCUGAAGUUUAGGGGAAGCCCAAGCCUUGAAAGUCUCAUUUCAUUUGCAGGGAACCUCCUGUCACCACCUCUUCCUUUCACACGCAGUCAGCAGGUGGACACACACGCGCCCACUCACCGAACUGAAAGCAUCACUGCGUUUUACCUGGAUCAGGAUGACAGCCUCAAAAGAUUCUCACACCAUGCGCAAUAUCGUGAUUGGCAUCCUGGCCCUUUGGUCCAUAAUCUCCCUCAUCAUCAUCGUGGUGUGGGCCACCUCGCCCGAAAUGAAGAGUUCGAGCCAGUGUCGCGCCGAGGUGCAAGAGCUCAAAGAAAAGCUGGAAGGGGGCAAAGUGGUGUGGGGCAAAGACAGAAAAGCCCUUGAGGAUCUGGUGAGGCAGGGAUGGAAAAAUCAGAGUUUUCUACAGAAGCAAAUCGACCAGCAAAAGGAGCAGUUGCGAUUUCUCAACCUAUCCCUGGAGGCCAGCCAGCAAGAAAAUAUCAUUUUGAACGGGAACAUCACGUUUUUGGAGAACAAAACUGAAGAAUACAAAGUUAUGGUGGGAAACCUCACCGAUGAAAUCAGCCUGCAGAAAGACCACAUUGAAAGCCUCGAGCUUAAUUUGACCCUGAAGGCCCAUGAAUUGGAUUCGUGUGAGGCUUUACAGACCGCUGCUGAACAGCUCCAAAAAGUUGCAGAGAAACAGCUUAAGACCUGCAAGACGUCUGAGCAAUAUUUAAAGAAACAACUCGCAAAAUGCAAAAACGUGGAUGCUCAUGAAGAAGACACAGCUCCGUAUCAGUUUACAACUGGCGACAAUGACAACAAUGGAGCCCAAAGUAUUACCACAAGUAGUGUUACACUGGCUGUGAUCCUUUGCCUUAGUCUGCUGUUGGUACCAUAGAUGAGAGGAAGAUUGGAUGAUGAAGUAUUUGGGUACACGUUUCAGUGCAACACUGUUCUGAGGACGCCGCCAAUUGGUGCACUUGCAACCCUGGACUUGAAUCGCAUUUUAAUAUACAUUUGAAAUGGAAAGCACUGAAGUGAAAUUAAUGGCUAUAUUCGGUGUAGUCAGUCAAGGUAGUUUCAUUGCAAAUUGGCUGACAUGUAAAAAUUAUAAGCUGGGUGAGAUCAGAAAGCAUGAAUACUUCGCUCACCCAACAAGUAUAUGCUGUACUCCAUUGGUGUUGAAUUAAAAAAAAAAGUUUUCAUUUUUUUAUCUGAAAAAUAUUCGGAUGCUAUACUACUAGAUUUUUAAUAAAAAGACAUACCUAUUUAUUUUUAAAGUAA